UGUAAAAAUUCAUCAUCUCGCCAAUGUCGCAAGAACUCUACCGAAUCUUUAUUCUUGAAAUCAUUGCAUAAGUGGAGCUCUGACGUGACCUGUCUGACCAUCUUCGACCGCAUAACGAGAUAAUGUGUGAAAUCCAAGCGGUCAUGAAUUUUUCCAUGAAUUUAAUUUCACGCAUACACAUAUAAUGAGAAUCCAUUAAGUAUUUUAGCUGAGGAAUCAUUACUUGUAAUUACUAGAUGAAGUAAAAUAUAUCAGGUUUUUUUUUAAGUAUUAUAAAAUAAUUCUAUUAGUAUGUCUUUUUUGCCUUUCUAAGAGAUAUGCAGACACAGGUGGGAGCAAUAACUUCUCUAAGGUAUUGUUACCUAAUGGAAUUAUAAAAUGUCAUUUUCUAUAUUAUAUUAGCUAUACGUUAUUUAGAAUUGGGUAUUAGGUAUACAUAUACGCACGGUGCACACGUGCACGUUCCCACUUUAAGCCUUACGGCUCUGUCAAUAUGGUCUCCAAGGAAACGUGGUACCAACACGAAUGGAAACAAGUCCAAUUGUAUUCUAGAGUGUUCACAGUUACCUCGUACAGUAAAUUGUUAAUUCUCGGCGUUAGUUUAAUUAAUGAAUUUUUUUCUACAAGUAUAAAAAUUAAUCUAUCUUUUCCAGUGAUUUUUUUUGGUUAUACAAAAAUUGUUAAAAUUAUACUGCAUUUUUUUGUAAUAAUGCCUCUGGCCGAGCAGCUUUAUUGUACUCAACAAAUUAACGUUCCACCACGAUUACCUAUGAUUUUGAAACAAUUUUGUAAAGCAGCCAUUAGGACACAACCGUAUGAUCUUCUUAAAUGGUCCAGUGCUUAUUUUCGGGCUUUAGCCGAAGGUGAGGAUCCACCUACGAAGAUGAGAUUGGAGUAUCCUCCACCGAGUACUCCUUCUGGAUUGACUUUGGGAUUUCUAAAAGUUCUUCUUAGGCAAUUUGGAGAUUACAAUAAGGUUUUAUCGGUGAAGACAAUUUUACGUCGUUGGGAAUGUCUUUGCUUGGAUCGAAAAGAUUUUAAUUUAAUAAUGAUGAUUGGGAAAUUUCGUCAAGAAUGUCAAGUGAAAAAGUUCCUUGCAAUUGCUGCUGGUCUUCUUACUUCUAGUCUACUUGAGACGAUGAUUGUUAUUUGUGAAUUAUUCACUCACGAAUCUGAUGGUGGUUCUGCGAUGAUUCCUGUUACAUUAUUCAUGGAAAUUUAUGGUUAUUUAGCUGGUUUACGAUGCGAUGGUUCUGAAAGAGAAUCGUUUGAUGAGGAUCUAUCGGAUUUUGUCGUGCACGACUCUGAUCAAGAAAGAUCAAUUGUUUCAGCUCGGGUAAUAAGAUUAUCUAGUGAAUCGGACAAAAUUGCUAUUGAGCGUGGAAAUUCAACUUCAACUCAGAAUACAGAUAUCAAUAUAAACUCUAAAGCUACAAACGAGGAUAAUGAAAAUUCCCAUUCUUGUGUAGGUUCUGUCAAUGAGGAAGACGGAGUAAUUGACAAGACGAAAAGUGAUAUUGGCAAUGUCGAAUCUCAUGGGGGAGAGAAACUGGUCUUAGUCGAUAUAGAAAAAGAGAAUGAUAAAGCAUUAGUAAAUGAUAAUAAGGGUAUAAACUAUCAAGAAGAAACACAAAUUUCUAUAGAAUUCAUAAAAGAAAAUUUGAAUGAGAAUGAAUUUAGUGUGAAAAGUCUAGAUAAAGAUGGGAUAUUAAAAAAAUGUAAAAGUCCAGAUAAAUCAGAUUUGAGUAUUCAGAGGAAGCGAUCACAUUCUGGUGAUGAUUCUACGUUGCUCAGAUAUUAUCCAAAUAUACCAGGGAUAGGUCCUCGAUUAUCAGCAGAACAAAUAGCUAAUGUUGCAAUAUGGAUGAGUGAUUGUGCAAGGCGGCAGGAAGGAAUGGUUGGGCCAAGGAAUAUUCGCCAUUUUCAUUGUCCUCCCUUAGGCAAACAACAAAUUCAGGAUUCCGAAGAUGAUUUAUCAUCUACACAGUAAAUACUUUUAAUACGCUAUUAAGAUAGUCUAUUUUGUAAAUGUCUUCAGUAAAGAUGUACAAACAGAAUUCGUUACUAUAUCUGAAAAUAUUAUUAUUUCAAUACAUUCAUUGAUAAGUCGUAUAACACGUACAGUCAUAUUUGAAGGACAAAUAAUUUUGAUCGAGACAUUUUCCAAGUACCCCUAUAUAAUGUAACUUGAUUAAAUAAUUUUAAAAAUUCAUUUUUUUGGAGUUUCUAUUACUUUUGUUAACCGUUUUGAACGUUGCGAACAAAUCGGAAGAUUGUUAAGAUAAAAACUUGGAGAUACUACUUUUAUUUUUAUACAUAAAUAUUGUUCAUACAUUUUAUUGUAGAAUCGUCACUUAAUAAAUAUAUUUUUAACAGUGA